AUGGAAGCCAUGAUGGAGGUGCCCAGCCACUGGCGCCGGGAUCCCAAGGCCGCCACGGCGCACCUCGCGAAAGCGAACGCGGCCGAGUCCCUGAAUCUGCUGCGGAGCAUGGCGCGAAGCCGGAUCGAAGUGAACUCCUUCCACUGCAGCGCGGCGCUCUCGGCCACGGAGAAGGCGAGCGCCUGGGCUCUGGCCCUUCAGAUCUUCCACGCCAUGCCUAGCCUCCGCGUGCAAGCUAACGACAUCCACCUCAGCGUGGCGCUCAAGGCCUGCCGCGGCACUUGGCGCCAGGCGCUGACGUUGCUGCUGGACUGCGAGAACGGCAACGCGGUGCACCUGGGCCUGGCCUUGAGCGCCUUGCGCCAGAGAUGGCCAGCAGCACUGGCGCUGCUCACCGCUACUCGCCUGAGGCAGCUAGAGCCCAGUACCAGGGCCUGCAGCCAAGCGGUCGCAUGUUGCCAGGGCGCUUGGCAUGUGGCGCUAGCGGUGCUGCAAGACAUGCAGGACGCGGCCAUUGCUCUGGACCAGAUCUGCUGCAGCCAAGCUGUCAGCAUUUUGGGCGCCAGUGGCCGGUGGCAGCACGCGCUAGCCCUGACAGAGCAGAUGCUGAGGAUGGAGCUGGUGCCGGACCAGAUUACGUGGAACGCGGUGCUCAGCGCUUGCGAGAAAGGAGGGGCAUGGUGGGGUGCUCUGAGUUUGCUGACUCGCAUGCAGAGGGAGCAGGUCAGAGUCGAUCUCAUCAGUUUUAGCGCUGCCAUUGGUGCUUGCAGCAAGUGCCGAGUUUGGCAGCAGUCCCUUCAUUUGCUGCACCAAGUUCCGUCCUGCGGCCUCCGUGCGGACCGGGUGGCGCACAACGCGGCGAUCACCGGGCCGUGGCCCACGGCCUUCGCUUUGCUCGGAGAGGCAGAUGAGGCGUCCUUCAGCGCGGCGCUGGCCAGGGCCGAGUUCGGCCUCGGCUGGGCGCGGGCGCUGCUUCUGCUGCGCCGGGCGCAGCACAGCGCCCGGGCCAACGAGAUCACGCUCAGCAGCUGUAUCAGCGCCCUUCGGAGCCAGUGGCAGACGGCGCUGGUGCUGCUAGGCACGACGGUGCAGCCAAACGCAGUGUGCUACAACUCUGCUCUGAGCGCUUGUGACGCUUCUGGUGAACCUGAGAUGGCUGUGGUUCUGCUGCAGCGAAUGCCAUCGCUGCGGCUGCACCCGGAUGCUGGCAGCUUCGCCGCGGGCAUUUCUGCCAUGCGGAACCACUGGCAGCGAGGACUUUGGCUAUUGGCCACGAUGGAGCAGAGUGCUGUGAUGGCAGAUGAGUUCUGCUACGGAGCCGCCAUCAGCGCCUGCGAGCGAAGCCACCAAUGGCAGUGGGCCAUCCAUCUCCUGAGCUGCAUGCAGGCAGACCAGGUGGCCCCAUCGCUGAUUUCGGUGAACUCAGCCAUCAGCGCAUGCGAGAAGACGCACCAGUGGCGCAAGGCGCUUCAGCUCUUCUCCAGCUUAGAGCACCCGGACCUGAUCAGCUUCAAUGCUGCCCUCAGCGCCUGCGCGCGCUGCGGCCAGUGGCGGCAGGCCAUGGAGCUCUACCAUCGCAUGGCUAGCCCGGACGCCAUCAGCUGCAACGCGCUGAUGACGGCCUUCGAGACGGGGCGUCAAUGGUGCCGCGCUGUGGACCUCCUGGGCCGCGUGGAAUGUGAUGAGGUGACCUACGCAGCCUGCCUCAGCGCGUGCAUGCGUUGUCUGCAGUGGCGCGAGGCCAUGCGAUUGGAGCAGUUCCUGCGGUCACCGCCCACGCUGCAAAUGGUGCUCGAGGCCUGCCUCCUGGGCCGGCAGUGGCAGCGCCUGCCGGAGCUCCUGGGCCAUCUCACCGCGCCAGGUCCGCCUGGCUGA